AAAGGCACUGUCCCCGAGAAACCGUCCCGCGCGCUCGCAUCGAUUACCGGCUCCCCUAUCGCAGCUAUGUGACGUCAAAUCAGCUGGGUGGAGGAGCUGCGAAGUGGGAGCCGGGAAUCGAGGCGAGUGCACGGGACGGUUUCUCGGGGACAGUGCCGAAAUAAAGAAGGCAGAGAGAGAGAGAGAAGCAAUGACAGCCUUGAGGAAGUACCCAAAGCUACCAGUGCACAUAGUGGAGGAACACAAUGAUGCUCUCCACCCUAUCCUCCGUGCUGUUGGAUCAAAACACCUUCCCUUCUCAAACAAUCUCCUUCUACAUUUUGAUUCCCAUCCAGACCUUCUGAUUCCCGCAGAUCUAAAAGCUUCAGAAGUCUUUGAUGUUCCUAACAUGCUAGAGAAACUGAGCAUUGAAAACUGGAUACUUGUAGCUGCCUUUACUGGUCAGAUAUCCACCAUCAUCUGGAUGAAGCCACCCUGGUCCAAUCAGAUAGAGGAUGGUCACUACAACUUCCUUAUUGGGAAGCAGAAAGGCACAGAUUGCAUUAGGGUCUCAUGUCCAGCCCUUUAUUUUGUCGGGGAAAUGCUGUACUGUAAACCAGAGGAACUAAGCAGCACCAAAAAGGUUAAUCUACAUGUCCACACAUUGGGCAUUAAAAUGAAUGAGGCCGUGGAACAAGAUUUGAUGCGGCUUAUCAACUCUCAUGAAAACCACUAUGUCUUAGAUGUGGACCUGGACUACUUCUCCACCAGGAACCCUUUUGUUUCUAUGCACAGCAAGGCAGACAUGUAUGAAAGGCUCAAGACACUCUAUCGCUUUGAGUACACCCAGACAGAAGAGACAGAGCUGGUCGAGGAACAUGUCAAGAGAAGAAGUGCUCAGAUUGAGACUCUACGCAAUAUAUUUUCCCACCUCCAGAAGCUUAAGGAGCCCACAAAGAUAGCAGCAGAGAUCAACAGUGUCAGUCAGCCCAUGCAGGACUCCAAGCAGAGGGAGUACCUCAGUGCCUUAAUCCUGGACCUACUGAAGGAGGAGCAUGGAGAGGAUGGGGAAUGUGGAGUGGACUGGGAGCUAGUGCACGAUGCUGGAUGCACCAUUGAUGACGACAUCCAUCAGCUGCCACACCAUGUGUCUUCCAAGGAGGAAAUCGACUCCCUCAUGGAAACAUUUAGUUCAUUAGUCACUCGUCUUCCUGAGCCCACACUGGUGACUGUAGCACGUUCCAGUGAGGACGACUACUGCCCACCGCAUCAAGUGGAUGGCAUACAGGAGGCACUCUGUGGUUUUCUUCGCAAGACAUAUGACAUAAACUGCUUGAAACACUAUCAAGAUUAAGCAGCGUCUGAUUCCCAGUUACAACAUGACUGAUGUAACAAUCUAAUUGAAAAUGUUCCAGGCUUCAAGCCAAAAAAGAUUGUUCCUCAAAGCUGUAACAUACAAAAAGCACCAGAAACGAAAUAAAACAGUAUUAUUAAACUUUAAUACAUACAUGAGAUAUAAAAGUAGUUUUGUUCAGAUGACUGACAUAAGGCACCUCUUGAUACUAUAGUUUGUGAAAAAAAUUUCCUUCAUAUAAAGUAAUAGCAAACAUCACUUUAAGAAAGCACUCUUCUUCCAGCACUGGUGAUAUUUACAACUGCCAUAAUAACAAAAUAAAAAUAUAAGGAAAUUUAACAAACACCAAAAUUCAUGAAAACAUUCAAUUUUCACUCACAUUUAUACAAUACAAGGUAUUUCUAAAGUGGUAUUUCAUAUUUAUAUAUCAAGCUAACCUUAAAGCAAAACUGACAUCAAGCAUCUACACACACACACACACACACACACACACACACACACACACACACACACACACACACACACACACACACACACACACACACACACACACACACUACCUCAAAUCACAGGACAGAGCACCAAGCUUCACUAGGCUGGAUGGGAUAUCCUGUGCACCAAAUCUGCCACUUAUCCAGCAAGAACAGCAGCAGAGGUGUUAUGAUUUUAAUUGAAUGUUUUUUGCUGGCUGCUCCCACCUGGAAGAAAUCAAUGUUGGUUAUUCAAGAUAAUGCAGCUAUCAGUACAAAGUCAUGAAAGUUACCUAGACCUCAAAACACUUAAUAGCUUCUCCCUUGUAAACCUGGUGAUGCUUCCCUUGCAGUACAUGUAAUGUAUCCAUAUUGAAAAAUAAUAAAGUUUGAAUGUGA